AUGUCCGCCGAGCGAAAAUACGCCCAGACCCUUGAAUCGACCAAGCUGAAGUGCUCACGCACAGAGCCGUGCCAGAAUUGCGCCACGGCUGGACAGGCUUGCGAGUAUCGCGAAGUCGACCGGAAAAGGCGGCCUGCUACCCACGAGUAUGUGGUCAGUCUAGAGAACAGGGUCGCAUGGCUCGAGUCGUUCAUCGGCAAGCUUCAAGCAGCACCGACCCAGGAGCGCGACGACAUGCUGCAAAGUGUAUCGUUUGGCGAUCAUCUGCCAGCCCGACAGUCAUCAGCAUCGACGGUAAACCUGGACAAAGGUGACAAUGGCGGCCAGAGGCGUGAGAGCACUGCCAAUCUCCAACUCGACCUCGAGGGCUCACUCAUCUAUCACGGGCCGACAAGCAUCUAUCGCGCACACUCUGGCAAGCCGUCGACGGGCAACGCCUUCAGCGACUGUUCGGCUCUAUCGAAACAUCCCGUCGACUCCGAUACCAAUUUCGAGUACGUCGCGGCACAUUUCGGUAUCAAUUUGCACGAUGAGCUGGUUCAUGACGCUCUGAUGCAAUUCUUCAAAUGGCAGUAUCCCCACUUCAUGUUCAUUUAUCGUGAAGCGUUUCUGAGAGACCACUUCUCUGAACGAGUCUGCUGCAAGUAUUGGUCUUCGGCUCUACUAUUGUCUAUUUGCGCCCUGGGGACGCUGAUGUCACCUGAUAAGCGGCACCGGGAGUCAAGUGCACAGUUCUUCUCUGCGGCUGAAAGCAUUCUUAUCGUCUCCGGGCUCACGAGGCCCUCUAUAGUCACCGUGCAGGGGUUUCUCUGUUUAGCAUUCUAUGAGAUUGGACGAGGGAAUCUCUCCAAAGGCUGGGGCUUCUCGGCGACCGAAGAGGACUUAGAAAUCCGCAGGCGUAUCUUCUGGGGCUGCUAUUCUUCGGAUAAGUUGAUCAGCCUCAUUCUCGGGCGGCCGGUGUAUCUCUUCUACGACGAUGCAGAAGUUGAAGCCACCAACAGACUCCCCGAUUUCCCAGAGAUGGGGCCUUGGCUGCCUGCUGGAUUCGCGGAUGACGACGGGGGCUUGGGCGCGGUCAACCCACUGAUUCCCUGUUUCAAAGAACAGAUUCGCCUCUCCCAGAUCGUCGAGAAAAUGCUCUCCAAAUUGUUCUCCACAAAGUCCAACCUAGAAGGCCUUGGACGUCAGUCGUGCCUAGACAGCCUCAAUAUCGAACUGUGUGGCUGGUACGAGGCGUUACCGGAGUGCGCGAAGUGGAACAAAUGGGAGCCACCAAGCACACCCCUCAGACCAAGCGUAGCCGCUCUUCACCUUCUGUUUCGUAGCAUCCGCAUUGCACUCAACUUUGACCACGCGACUUCAGAUAACAUAGGAGAGGCUUCAAAAGAGAACGCCCGCAAGGAUUGCGUGUCGUCGGCGCAGGAUAUUUCACACAUCGUGCGGAAAUAUCGUAGCCAAUUCGGACUUGCACAUAGCCCAUUAAUGAUGAUUUACGGGAUUGUGCAAGCCGCAAGGACGCUGGCGGUAUUUGGCACGCCGGAAGAGGCUCAGUACCUGUUGCUUUCCCUCGACGAGUGCUCUUCUGCCUGGGCUCUAGCUCAUCGGGCGAGGGCUAGAUUGAGACAAAUUGAGAUAUGA